GGGUGACGUGCGAUUGAAAACAAUCGAAUUUCCGGAAUCCAUCGUCGAUUAGCAUGUUUUUUCGAUUUCUUCAAAUUAAACAAAAAUCUCGAGACAACUACCCCAUGCUCAUGAGGUAAUGUCAGCCUUUUGGUAAUAACGUUUGUAAUCAAUAGUACUGUAUGUUGCAAAAUAUCUCAUUAUUGACUUGUAACAAGGCUAGCACCGGUAUCAUGUUAGCUAGCUAGCUUUUUUUUUUUAGCAAGCCUGAUACGACCCCAUUUUUGUCUGAUACCUUGUUUGUUACCUAGUCGAAUUUUGCGAUGUGACCGUUUUAUUGAACCUAUGUUGCACGCUUCUGCGCUGGACGGUCUUCGCCACUUGGUUGCUAGCUAGCUGGAGGAGCUGUCACUCUUAUUGGUUAGAGAAACAGAUACGUGAUAGACAUGGCAUAUUUCUACCCACUUUUUAUAAAUAAUAGGGCUAUCUGAAGAGAUUCACUUUAGGAUCUCACACACACACACACACACACAGUCCUGACAAGCACAGAUGUUUGGGACAGAUCCCACUGUGAAUUGAUCUGUGAAAAAGACACACACAAGCAGUAUGUCGGAGAACCUCGUCCUCACCUUCCAGACCCAGCUCUCGGGAGUCAUGGAGACGGUCCUAAAGUCAGCCAUGUAUGAGAUCACCAGACUGGUGGAGGACGGCUUCCUGGAGGAGGUAAGACGUGGUCAACAGGAAGUGACACGGAGCCACCUGGAAGUGGAGUCUCUGCGGACCCUGCUGCAGCGGGCAGAGAGUCAGCUGAAGGAUGUCAGUCAGAGGGCCAGGUGUGGAGACUGUGGCAGGACAGAUGUCUACAAUGAGGAAACAGACGACAUACCUCCAGGUGUACAGGACAGUGUGCUUCAGCUGAGCGGGUGUGACCUGAAGCUGGAGGAGGAGCCAGAGGUCAGGUGGAGAAGCUGUGGACAGGAAACAGUGGAGUCGUCACAGGUAGCAGAUAAACCAACUCCUCCAGCUCCCAGUCCUUCGCUGGUAGGCAGUGUUAAGGAGGAAGAAGGGGAGGAGGACAUGGAGCCGUGGAGAAUCAAGGUGGCCAUACAGCCGUCUGCAGCUCACACCUACACAGAUGAGCAGCUAGACUCACACACACUCGUUCAGAUUACAGGAGACUCUAUUGGGUUUCCUUCUGCGGACCCAGAGGCCCAACAGGUCACCCAGACACCCAGACUAGCAGGGCCAUCUCAGAACCAGAGCAGAGGACCCAGCAAUGAUGGUGACAGAACGAGGAGUAGAGCCUCACCGGUGUGGAUAGGCCGUAGAAUAUUAGACACGGAUACUGACGUUCACAGACAAGCUCAGUCGAACCUACGACUGGUAAGAGAGCCUCUGUCGUCCUCUGAAUCGGCAGAGGCGAAGCAGCUAGCUAGAGAUUUCGCUUCCCCAACCAAUCCCAGCACAGCGGUGGCCUCUGUCUCCUCCUCCUCAUCAGGCUGUCAUGUCUUCAGCUCUCUAAACUACAGGAUUCUUUCCAAAUAUAAGCCCAGCGCUCAAACCCUGCCGCGCAUGAGAGUAUACAGGGAUGCUGCCAAGCGGGGCGGCUACCCGAUGUACAACAGGGGGACCGCCCAGGGAGGGCUCACCUCCUCCCCAACCCAACAACAAGGGAACCACCAGCAUCACCACCCUGGGAGGCUGGCCCUCCGCUGCCCAGUGUGUGGUAAGGUCUUCCCCCAUCCCAGUAGCCUUAAGGCCCACCAGCAGACCCACACGGGGGAGAGGCCGUUCAUCUGCGCCCUGUGUGGCCGGAGCUUCACUAAGUUAAGCAACCUGAAGGCCCACCGGCGCGUUCACACUGGGGAGAGACCCUACAGCUGCUCGGACUGCAGCAAACGCUUCACACAGAAGUGCAACCUUAAGAGGCACCAGAGGAUUCACAUGGAGAACGAUAUAUGAUGUGGGUGGG